UAUAGAGUCAGCUUCACAUUGCCCAAGGAGAAGCGUAGGGAUGACCGUGGUUUUUGUAACGAUCUGACUAGGUAGCGAAGUGACGGGCGAGGAAAACCCGACCUUGCGCCCGAUGGGUCGAAGGCGGUCGAGGGUCUUACCUGGAAAAUCAACGAAGAUGAAGGCGGGCGAUAAAGCGGAUAUAAUCCGAAGAAGAGAAAUCGAAGGAAGGGGGGGGUGUUUGGUGAAGAGGGGUGACGAGAUCGAUCCUGAGGGGUUUUCGGCGGGCGGGGGAAAAGGUGGAGGAUGGGUGAAACGGGAGGGGGAUGGAGGAGGGCGAAAGAACAAAGAGAGGUAGCGGGAAGGAGGAAGAAGGGAGGGAUAGGAGAAUCAGGGGAGAGAGAGAAGAAGGAGAUGGAGAGAGAGAGGGGAGGGAGAAGAGGCGGGAGGGAGGGGAUACGGAAAAGAAGAGGAGGAGAAGAAGUGGUGGUAGCGAGAAUAGAGGAAAGGUGGAAGAGGAAGAGAAGAGGAAGAAGGAGGAGGAGGAAGAGGAAGAGGAAGAGGAAGAGGAAGAGGAAGAGGAAGAGGGAGGGAGGGAGUUAGGAAGAGAAGGUGGGAGCAGCAAACAGACGGACAGAGAGGCGCAGAAAGGCAGGAGGAGGAAACAAAGAGCUUGGAGAGAGAAUAAUGUUCACAAAGCGGGUAGGCAGGCGGCGCUGGCUGGCUGGCUAACUGGCAAAGUGACUUUUUAACUAGCACCUACCCGCUUCACUUACUUCACUUACUUCACUUCACAUUAUCACUCCUCCUCCGCUUCCUCCACAUUCUCCCCUUCCCUUUC